GGAUUAGAUGGACGUUGAUUGGGAUUCUAACUCGUUGCUGAUCUAAAAAUCUUCAAUUUAAUCUCUUUUAGAUUAGCUUCGCUGUGAAAGCCCAUCUCCUCCCUAAAGCUUGCUCCUUCCCCAAGGAAGGAAGCAGAAAGGAAAAGGCUUAUCAAAACCCUCAUCUCCUAAUCCACAAUCAAACUCCUCUCUCUUCCUCAAUUUAGGGUUUACAUUGCUCUCUUCCCCGAUCUUCGAUUUCACACGAAAUCAUCAAAACCCACCACGAAAAGUUACCAACUUUGCUGAUUUAGGGUUCUUCCCAAUCACGGAUCCGUAAUCAUUUCUGCUACUUCCCUCAUACGAAUCAUCAAAACCCACCACGAAAAGUUACCGCCUUUACGGUCGGAUCUCGAUUUUCACCAAACCCUUUUGCGGAAAAUCUCAACUUCUUCUUCACAGAUCCGUCUUAGGAGGUCAGAAAAAAUGGCGGAUACGAUACCGUUUUAUCUCAACAUCGUGGCGUUUCUAUGCACUGUUGGAGCCAUUGCCUUGGCGAUAUUUCACAUCUACAGGCAUCUCUUGAACUACACUGAGCCAACUUACCAGAGAUACAUCGUACGCAUCGUCUUCAUGGUCCCGGUUUAUGCCUUCAUGUCAUUCUUGUCUCUUGUCCUCCCUACAAGCUCCAUAUACUUUGAUUCCAUACGAGAAGUUUAUGAAGCUUGGGUCAUUUACAACUUCCUAUCACUGUGUUUGGCUUGGGUUGGUGGUCCAGGAGCAGUGGUUCUUAGUUUAAGCGGUCGCUCUCUACAACCAUCAUGGUGUCUCAUGACUUGUUGCUUCCCUCCAUUGACAUUGGACGGGCGUUUUAUUAGGAGAUGCAAGCAAGGUUGUCUGCAAUUUGUGAUCCUGAAGCCUAUCCUAGUGGCUGUAACACUUGUGCUCUACGCAAAAGGGAAGUACAAGGAUGGGAACUUUAACCCUGACCAGGCGUAUCUCUAUCUUACCAUCAUCUACACCAUAUCCUACACGGUGGCUUUGUACGCGCUUGUUCUGUUUUACAUGGCGUGCAGAGAUCUUCUCCAGCCGUUCAAUCCUGUCCCCAAGUUUGUGAUCAUUAAGUCUGUCGUCUUUCUUACCUAUUGGCAGGGUGUUCUAGUUUUUCUUGCUGCAAAAUCUGGAUUCAUACAAACCGCAGAGGAAGCAGCUCAUUUUCAAAAUUUCAUAAUAUGUGUGGAGAUGCUAAUCGCUGCAGCAUGCCAUUUCUAUGCCUUUCCAUACAAGGAGUACGCGGGUGCCAAUGUUGGUGGACCUCGCAGCUUCUCAGGGAGCCUAUCACAUGCUGUAAAACUAAACGACUUUUACCAUGACACUGUUCACCAGUUUGCACCUACGUAUCACGAUUACGUGCUCUAUAACCAUAAUGAGGGUGGUACUGGUGACGAAGGGACAAAGAAGUACCGGUCGAGAACCUUUGUGCCAACUGGUCAAGAGAUGGAUGCAAUGAGAAAGAACAAACCAGUGUAUGCAAACAAGAUAGAUGGUGUUUCGGUUUCGAGUAGUCUGUCUUCAGGGGCAAGCUCGCCGAAAAGCUCCAGCGUAGCAUCUGAUCCUGCGCGUUCCGAAGCUGUGAAGUCUUCCUUGAUUGUUGACGCCUCGGAUUCUCUUGAUACAAUGUAUGAUAUGACGCUCAUUGACAUUGAUAUAUCUAGUUUCCCAAGCAAUGUUCCCUCGGCAAAUGAAAGUGGGCCUAGAUAGGAGCAGGAAUGAGAUGUAGAAAGUACCAUUAAAUGUACAAAACAUGCUCCUAAUAGCUUCUCAGGUGUGUUCUUAGUUGGAAGAUGUUAGUACUCUGAUAGAGUAUAGAUCUAUGUAAAGGGAAGUACUCGUGUAUUUUCAAUGAGAAAGAGAGUUACAGCUUGAGUGUGAA